UGCGCUACUCUACUGACUACUCCCUCUUCGUCUUCGCACUUAUCGUCAGUACAAAUACCCCGCGAGGCACGAGCAAUUAACCAGCAGCUCUCAGCUGGAGAGAUCGAUCAAAUAUAGCGACGACAAUUGGCCAGCAGCUCCAUCAUUCCGAUCCAUCGAGGAUUAAGUUAGCUAGGAGGCAGCAAUUAAUUAGUUUGUUCCGUAUAUAUAUAUAUAAGUUGAUUCUAGCUCCAGUAUGCCUGCGAAGAAGAUAGUGCUGAAGGUGAUCAUCAUGUGCAACAAGUGCAAGGUGAGCGUGAUGCGCACCGUCGUCAAGUUCGACGGCGUCACGUCGGUGGCGUUAGACGUGGAGAAGAGCACGGUCACGAUCGUUGGCACCGUUGACGCUGUGCUCAUCGUGAAGGCCCUCCGGAAGGCCAAGAAGCAAGCGGAGAUCGUCACGGUGGAGGAGCCAGACAAGAAGGACGAGAAGAAGUCGGAGUCAAGCAAAGAUCUGCCGCCGUGCUGCGGGGCCUGCGCUUACGUGGUGCACGAUGAUUACCCGCCAAAUCUAUGCAUCAUUACCUAAUAAUCAAUUGAUCCAUCAAUAUGCACAAAAGUUAAUAUAUAUUGGCUAAAGCCUUAUUUUCCUCAAAAGUAAGUGAUCAUUUUUUUUAAAAAAAAAUUAAUUAUAUUAUUACCCUGCACAUCAGUUCGAUGAA